AUGCUAAGCAAAUAUUUACAUUCAACUAACCCAGAGUUAUACGGCCAAGCGAACCUCACUGACACUGCAGGUAAAAACUCGACUUUUGACGAAUUGAACCUGAGCAACAAGAAUAUAACAAAAGUAAAUGGAUUUUGUUUUUCGAAUUUCAAGAAUGUGGUACACCUUAACCUAUCGCAUAAUUCUAUUGAUUCUAUUAAUGAUGAUGCAUUUGGAAAACUUAAACAUAUACAUUCCAUUGACCUUUCUUAUAACCGCUUAGAGACAUUGAAUGGAAAUAUAUUCCAAGCAAAUUUACUGCUACAUUCCAUCAACUUAGAAGGUAACAAAUUCAACUCCAUAACGGAUGCACCGUUCAUAGAUUGCAAGUCGUUGUUGUCACUGAAUUUACGCAAUACGCAACUCAAGAAAGUCACUAAAGAAAUGCUUCGGAAGAUGCCACAAUUGGAGGAACUUAACGUGUCUGAUAAUUUGAUUACGACUUUAAAUUCUGAUACUCUUACUUAUACACAACACUUAAAAUGUUUAAACUUAAACAAUAAUACCUUGAAGUGCGACGAUAUUUUGAGUAUUUCAAUCGUCAAGAUGCGCAAACUUGGAGUGAAGGUUGAAAUAACAGCAUGUAACGUUACGGAUUCUUUAAACAAGAUUCGUAAUCAAAUAGAUCAGGAGUUAACAGUUGGAGGACGAGAUAAGUAUUGUGCCUAUUUUGCGUCAAUUAUUAAAGGAAAAUCACCACGUGAUUGGUACAACAACUCAAAUCCCACUCAUUUAUAUGAUCGUUUGGAUAUAAUCAACUCCGUUUUCAUUGGCAUUUCAUUCGGUGUAAUGUCGCUUCUUGGACUGAUAAUUUGUUUAAUAUAUGUGUUCCAAAAUUUAUCAUGUCGCAAUUGCUCCGGUAUAAGUCAACCGAUAGUAACACAUUCUGAUCCGUGGGGACCAUCUUUCGCACAAAACAACAGUAUCCACGGUCCUUCAGUGCCACUGGAUUGUGUGUUGUAGUAAUAAUAUAAAACGGAGAUACUAACUUAGAAGCUUAAAAACAAAACUUAU